AGGACAUAUAAUAUGUUUUACAUUUAUUUAUAGAUUAGAUUUAAAGAUUAAGAUUUAUAGAAUACUAGUUAACCUUUUAGCUGCUUAUCGUCUGAUCGUUCGAUUUUUUAUCAGAAAACUGCGUUCAUUCAGAGGCUGGUCAGUGAGCUGACCAAACCAUAGCCAUGGUCAGCACAAGAAGGAAGAGCUACCAGCCCUCGCCGGACGUGGCGGCGGCGCCCUCCCCGGCCGCGGCCGCUCGAGCCCGUCACAGUUCGCUCUGCGACCCGCCGGCGGCGGCCUCUCCGCGGCGGAGCCGACGCGCCUCCUCCCUGACGCCGCUGGGGUCGGCCGGGUCCGCCGAGGAGAGUGGUCCGGCGCGUGGUCACCGCACCAAGGUCCUGCUGGAAAAGUACCGCGGAGAGGCGGCCAGCAAGCUGAAACCGGUCGAGGAGGAGACCACGACUCUGUCCAAACCGGAAAAACAGGGUGGCGGGAGCAACGAGAAGAGGAAAGAGACGGCAGCAACACUGUGUGUCCCGGGGGAGGCGGCGACAGCUGAAACUGGUAGGGAGGCUGCAGAAAGCACGGUGGAUCUAACAGCAGAUGGUGCAGCGAAAAGUACAGCCAAAGCAACAGAGGGUGAGACAAAAAUAAAAUCGAUUAUCAGCUCAACGCCGACUGCGUCGAACUCGAGUGAAGAUGAAGCUAUAGAAGCGGAAGAAACAGCCGAAAAUGCCUCACAGAGCAUGGAUAGGUCAAACGAGGAUGGAUCUGAAAAUAUCGAAUCUUCGUCAUCAGAAUCUGUGAAGAAAGUUUCAGAGGGCAAAGAAGUGCCUUCAGACGCCACAGAACCCGCCACAGAGCCCGUUUCAAAGUGCGCGGAGACAGACGCCGCCGAACUGGCCAUGGAAGUGGACGGGGAGGACGAGGUCGUAGACGUGGAGCGAGUGGACGCCGCGGAGAGCAGUGCUGAGGAGCGGGAGGCGGCGCGGCGCGUGGCCGCUGCGCAGCGGGUGCUGGCCGCUGUGGGCGCCGCGGCCCGCCCAGCCCCCGUGAACGCCCCCGCGGCCGCCCCGGCAGCCCCCGUGCCCGCCCUGACCCGCGUCCGACCGGCGCCUGCGCCGCGCGGCCUGGCCAAGUCGGGCCGGUUCUGGAAGUCGGUGCGGACGCCGGCGUCACGGGUGGUGGUCAAAGACCCGGUCAGCUACGAGGUGCGGAUGCAGAAGCGGCAGAGGGAGCGGGUGGUGAAGGAGCUGGAGAACCAGUUGAAGAACGAGCGGAAACAGAAGCUGGAGGACCUGCGGAAGCGACGCGAGUACAACGCCAAGAAGGCGGCGGAGAACGCGCUGAAGGCGGAGGUGUACCAGGUGGUGAAGAACCCCAACAAGAUCAAACGGAUGAAGAAGAAGCAGCUGCGACUGCUACAGAAACGCGAUACUACCGUGGUCGGAAAAAGUGUGCUCGACGAAUAAAUAUUUUAUCUAGUGAUG